UCCCGCCUCCGCACCAGCAUACGAGAUCUGCGUCUCUACCAUUCUUUCGCUUCCUCCUCCGACGACGACAACGACGCCUAGGGUUUUGUGGGACACUACCACGAGGAGGCGAUGAUGCGACCGCGUCAGGUGCGAAUCAAUCACCUCCUCUACAAUCCUAACCCUAACGUCGUAGACCUUCGCUCCUCCUCCUCCUCCUUCCAAAUUGCAGUUUGUUCGUCGGCGACACGAUCCUUAGAUGCGAGAGGUAAGUCUGGUGCUCCGUUCCGUUUGAUGGAAACGGAGCCUGCACCUAAUCUAUUUAUUGCUAGUCUGGAUCAGGAAUGUUCCACCCAAACGACCUGUGGUGGCAAGUCAGAAUCAAGCAUAAUUUAUCUUAGCAAUAGUUGAAAUCCAGACUCAACUCAUUUAGUCUUAUCCCCUCUUAAUGUUUGUUACAUUCGUGCAACUUGUUUCCUCCCCCUAGUUGACCAUUUUUCCCCCUUUUUUAUUUAAUUAUUUUUAUAUUUUUUUCAUGUAUUAUUAGCAAUUAAUCAAUUUUAUGUGAUUUUUCUUGUUUAUUUCAGACUACACAUUAUUACUAUAAUUUUUUUUGAAUUUUGUUGAACAUAUUACCCCCAAAGAAAGGUGUUGGAUAUAAGGAAAGUGGCUGCAGUGGAGACAGAAGCUGUUGUCCGAUGAGAAAUGACAACGGGGAGGAAGACAAAGGAGAGGCCAGACGUCAAAGGCGGCAACUUGUCUGGGGGCGGAGACGGCGGCGCGCGAGGUGGUGCCCAACCAGCCUACCACCCCCAUGCGCCCCAACACUUGCCUCCCUCUCUCUGAUACCACCCCUUCGUCUUUUCCGGACACGUGCUCAGAUUCCCCCUCCCAUCCCAUCUUCCCAUACAAAGAAUACCCGUCAGGGCCGACCUCAACCUCUCCCACAUGACGGCGCAACCCAAAACUGGUACCUCUUUUCCUCCGUUAAUCAGCUCUCCUUCUCCUCCUUCGGCCUCGUUCCCUCUCCACGGCAAUGUUAGAAGCUAUCUGUGGUGGCCGACCAUGGCUGCUAUCAGUUCCUUUCACUAAGACGUGAACACCGAGGGUUCCCAUUCCUUUCUUGUUCUUCUUCCUCCAGAUUUCUCUCUCGCAUGGCAAUGUCAAUGCUACCGGUUGGGCGGCGACGGACAUCCCAAUGUUGGUGGUGAGCGUUGAGAUGCAGCUUAAUUCAUACGCUGAUUAAUUAAAGCUACGCGGCACCUCACCGACCCUCGCUUUUCCUGCACAUGGCCUGUGCCACUAUGACUGGUGUGCCCCUCACAAUGUUCAUGAACCACCGUGGCACACGCUGUUGCAUGCAUCAUUAAGAACAGCUCAUAGUCGGGUGGGAGAGCAGUAGAUCCACCGUCCACGUUGGCCAGUUUACUUAAAGGACUUGCAUCAUAUUUUUAGGGUUUUGAUCGAUGGGUCAUGCGUGGCGGUAAAUAGAACUUGAAGCCGCCGAAAGGAGGGGGAGGAGGGGGGGGGCGGGGGAGAGCCGCCGGGGAGGCGGCGGCGGCGGCGGCGGCGGAGGAGGAGAUGAUGGCGAGCGCGGCGGUGAGCGUAUCUGGUUCGUCUCCGGUGGCGGCGGCGGCGAUGGCGAGGGAUCACCGUGCUGAGGGAAUGCGGCGAUCGGAGUCGGGGACGGAUCUGUCUGGGAUGCGGCGGUCGAUGUCGGCUCCGCAGCUCCGGUGCUCCCUGAACGUCCCCCGCGCGGCAGCGCCGGCGUCGCUGAAGAGCAGCCGGUCGAUCGGCGUGUUCCCAUUGGGAUCCAUCAUCACCAAUUCGAUCCGGUCGUUCCUGUUCGACUCGGGGGAGGGGGUGACCGGCGGCGGCAUGAGGUUGGUGGAGCCGGCGGAGGAGAGCGACGAGGAGGUGGUGGCGGGAUCGGAGGAGGAGGGGAUCGGACAGGAGAAGCGAGCUAAUUGGGUGGCACGGAUCUUGGAGCUGAGGCGGCGGUGGAGGGAUCGGCAGCACAAGGUCGAUGGAGUGGAGGAGGAAGACAAGGAGGGAGGUGAAGAGGAUGGCUACUGUGGGGUGAGUUACGAGUCCGAGGAGGAAGAGGAGGGCGAGUGGGAUCGAGAAUCGUUCGAGAGUCUGUUGGGGCGGGUCCCGUGGUCGGACGAGAAACUCUUCUCCCAGCUAGCGUUCCUCUGUGACAUGGCCUACGUGAUCCCCGAGAUCAAGGAGGAGGAGCUGCGUGCGUGGUACGACGUCGGGUUCGUGACAUCGUCCUUGGAGAAGAAAGCGGAGGCCGCCAUCAGGGCCAAGUUCGAGAGCGACUCCACGCCGCUCCCGCAAGGGCCUCAAGGAUCCGAUCCCAUGACGACGGUCCAUCCCAACCGGCAGGUCCGCCCGUCUCUCGCUUACAAGGUCGCCGCCUCCGCCGCCUCCUACGUGCACUCCCGCGCUAAGGGCCUCCUUUCCCUCGGCAGCGGAGCCGGGCACUGCGCGGCCGACUCGGAGGAGACCUUGGGUCCCAGCAGCUAUGGCUACAAGAACCCCGAGGUGGCCGCCUACGUGGCGGCGUCGACGAUGACGGCGGUGGUGGCAGCGGAGGAGGAGGCGAGGCAGGAGGCGGCCAAAGAUCUCCGCUCCCUCCAUUCCUCCCCGUGCGAAUGGUUCGUGUGCGACCACGAGAGGACGCGCACCCGCUGCUUCGUGAUCCAGGGAUCUGACUCGCUGGCUUCUUGGCAAGCAAAUCUAUUCUUUGAGCCCACCAAAUUCGAAGGGAUGGAAGUGCUGGUGCACCGGGGGAUCUACGAAGCGGCAAAGGGCAUAUACGAGCAAUUCUUGCCCGAGAUCAAAGAUCACCUUAGUCGCCACGGCGACAGGGCCAGGCUGCGGUUCUCCGGCCAUUCGCUGGGGGGAAGCCUCAGCCUCCUCGUCGGCCUGAUGCUGCUUGCUCGAGGCGACGUCAAGCUCCACCACCUCCUCCCUGUCGUCACGUUUGGGUCGCCGUCCGUGUUCUGCGGGGGGCAGCGGGUCCUGGAGGAGCUGGGUUUGGACGAGGGGUUCGUGCGCUCUGUGAUUAUGCACCGCGACAUCGUGCCCAGGGCCUUCUCCUGCGACUACCCCAACCACGUUGCCCAUGUCCUCAAGCGCCUCAACGGCGCGUUUCGUUCCCACCCAUGCCUUAACAAUCAGAAGGUGCUGUAUUCUCCAUUAGGCAAGACUUACAUUCUCCAACCUGAUGACCAGUCCUCGCCUUUCCACCCUAUGCUGCCACCGGAAGCUGCUCUCUACGUGCUGGACGGGAAGAACAUCGCCGGGAGUUCAUCCAGAGCCACAACCAAGAGCGCGCUGCGAGCAUUCGUCAACUCGCCGCAUCCGCUGGAGACCCUGAGCGACCCCAGGGCGUACGGCUCGGAAGGCACCAUCCUCCGUGACCACGACUGCAGCAAUUACGUGAAGGCCCUCAACGCCUUGCUGAGGCAGCACACCAACUCGGUGAGGCGGAGGUCGAGGAAGCAGCGGUUCAACCAAAGGUGGCCGCUCGUCGCCGGCCCUGGAACCGGACUGCUACCUUCUCACCCAUGCGGAAGCCACCGGAAUCCACUCCUGGAGACGCCUGCAUUGGUUACUAACGAAUUGUCUACUGGAGUUUGAGGAGACUGCUAAGAAUGCCGACGCAUCGACGGAACUGGGAACGUGGUGGUGUUGCAUGGAACACAACUAAUUAGUGGUGUUGCAUGGAACACAACUAAUUGUCUACUUUGACCCACAUGUGCAGUCAAUGGAAAUAACUGUAAAUUAUUUGCGGUCGCAUUGCCUAACGGAAUCAGCAAGCUUAUCUUUCUUGA